UUCAACUCCCACUCCCCUCUCCUCCAGCUCUGAACAAAGAAACAGACACACAGCCAGCAACCACACACCAGCAACACGAUCACAAGUGAACAGACACAGUCAGUUCCAGGGCCACCACCAACAGCCAAGGCAUCGUGGGAGGGAGGGGGGAUCGCCAGCGAAGGAGUUCAAUUCGAACUGUGUAGACUAUGUCGCUUCACGCGGUCUGCCUCUUCUCGUACAAACACAAAGAGGCCACCGACAUGACCGCGGUCGAAGGGGAUGUGUGUGUUGUUCGAAAGGAACCAACUGUCAGUUGGUGGUCUGUCAACCGUCAGUUCGUGGUCUGCCGAUUCGACGCCAGCGUUUUCUCGUUUUCCGACAAGGAGGUGCUCUCUGUUGGCCUGGGAACUGCCGCCUGA